AUGAACUACAGUGGCGGACCUGGCAUAAUGCAACCGCCAAUGCUUCCAUCUAUUCCUCCUCUACCACCUCCGAUGCCCUAUGCGAAUCAAGGUCCAAUAUCAAUGGUCAGACCACCGUCAAUGUAUGAUCCAGGUUACCAAUCGUAUCCUCGUCGUCGCCCGGUGCGUAUCCAUCGUCGACCACGUCGUUCGCGGCGUUGUCGUCCAGUCGUGCGAAUUAUCGAGUCCUCAUCGUGCUCAUCCUUAUCCUCCUAUACAACGGUGAGUUCUUGUUCACCUCGCCGCUGUCGGUCACGGUCGCAUUCACAUCGAUGUCGAGGGUCGUCAUCAGCAGCACCUCAACAGCCAAUUAUUCUCCUACCUAUGCAAUGUCAACAACCUGCUGCUGCCGCCGCCGCAGUAGCUGCUCCCGCGGCACCAGCACAACUACCACUCUCUGUGCAAGCCCAAACCCAAGCACAACCGCAACCACAACAAAUUAUCUUGCCGCCUAUUCGUAUUCAACAAUCAGGGCAAUAUAAUCAACAACCGUUCACGAUACCACCUAUGACUGUUUCCCAACUUGGCGGACAAAUUCAGCAACCACAGCAGCAGUCAGUUACUUUGUCGCCCAUGACUAUUUCACAAAUUACUGGGCAAAUUCAACAACAACAACCGCAACAAGCAAUCAAUUUAGCACCUAUGCGAUUUGGCUCACCCAAUAUUCUUUCGAAUACGAACGCAAAUUCAAUGGUAAUUCAAAGCGGCCAACCGUUCAUACAACCAUCUUCAUCAUUACCCCAGGUAACCACGAUUGGACAACCACAGCAAAUGCAAGGAAGUACAAUCCAAUAUGUUCAAGCAGCGCCACAGUCAUCAUCAUCGUCAACAUUACAAUAUAUAUCAGCACAGCCACGGUCGACCAUUGCUCCCCAGCGCGUCCUUGUAAACAGUACGAAUAAAAAACAAGCGCCGUCAUCAAAACCAGUUAAGCGAUCUGUUUCCACACGUGAAUUACGUCAGAGUGAUCUGAAAUACGGUCGCCGUCCAUUUGAUUGGUAUGAUAGCAAUAAGCAAGAUAAUAUUAUCAAUGAAAAUGUUCAAGUUGCGCAACGAAGAAAUACCAUAUCGUCUGUGCGAGGAGAAUCUUACUUUUACUUUUCUCCUUCAUCGGUUUCUACAUUAUCAAAGACAAUGUCGUCAAUAUUUGUUCUUCUCCUCUUAAUUGGCGUUGUCUCAUGCGACUUCAAACCAGAACGUGAAUUCGAAGUUAAACAAGCUGGUUUAUUAAACAGUGGUCGUAGUUAUACAAUUACUGAAGUUGGUUCAUCGGGUGUAAAAGACGAUCCAACUCGUUAUACCAUUCGAAAUGAAUUACUCAGUGUUGGAAAAAAGCUUGUUCUCCUCGACAAAAAUCAACCAAUCUACGAAAUUAAACAUAAGUUAGGUCAUCUCUAUCAACAAUGGAAGAUUACCGACUCAAAAACAAGUGAAACACUUGGAAAACUGAAACAUCGUCCAUCAAUCAUCCACGAUUCAUAUAAAUUUACUUCGCCCAAAUUUGGCACUUACCGUAUUACAGGAAACAUAACCGGUCGAACAUUUUCAGUGAAAAAGAACGGUGUCAAAGUUGCUGAAAUUCAUAAGAAACGACUUCAUGUGCAUGAUACAUACAGCGUUGCCAUUGCCGCUAAUGAAGAUCCAGCUAUUAUUUUACUUCUCGCCAUUGGCGUUGAUGAAAUUCGUCAACAUUGA